AUGCCCGACGCGCUGCACCACCGAGGCAAUCCCAUCAGCAUCCUGAAUGCAUUAUUAAAUUAUUAUACUGUAUUUGGAAGAAACAGGACGAGUUCGCUUUUACUAACAUCGUACCUGAGUACUCUUCAUUACCUCCUCAUUAUACCGCAGAAAGCGAAGGAGAGGAAAGGGGAAACAGUUGCACCUAUCAAACCUGUGCCGAUUAAAUCAUCGCCGGCGGGAGUCAGGAAUCCGUUCAAAAAGCAACAAGAAGCCACUAAAAACGUCCCGAGUCCGCUCAGCUUGACCGAGAGAACGCUGGUGGAGGUGCACUCAACCGAACCAUCGGAAAAUACUGACCCAUCAACCAUUCAAAACGGCGAAACAUUCGUGGACUGGUUCUCAAGAAACAAAUCCAAUUUAGAGUCUCAAAAUCCCGAGAUGACUCCAUCAGAACUUAGUCGCCUUGGCAUUAGGACCUUCAAGACUCUUCAAGGUAAAACCGGCGCCGUCAAUGGGACUCCAGAAAGCGGCCAAAAGAGGAAACUCGGCGAAGAAUUGAAUGGUGCAGAUACCCCUAUAACUAGUGCGCCUAAACAGUCGAAACUUAGCGCCUUCGCAUUCCAGAAAAAAGCGUGAAAUUUAAUAAAUAAUUAGUUUUAAAUAAGCAAGUACUA